GAUUGUUUUGGUUUUUGUCGUUUGCGGUUUUAGUCGUUAAAUUGUUUGAUGUAAAAUUUGAUAAAAUUGACCAUUUUUUUAUUGAAAUUCGAGAAAUCGCGAAAAAUGUUUUAAAACAAUGCGUUGUGUAGUGAAAUUUUGUGGCAGCAACCUGUAUUUGCCGAAAAGUGAUGAAGUUUCAUCGACACACAGAUUUCCCAUAAAUCCUGUUCAAGCGCAACAGUGGUGGACUGCUUUGGCUCCUUAUAUAGAACAGGAGGACAUGGAAAACGGAAAACUGAAUGGAAACAGUGUUCGAAUCUGUGCGGCCCAUUUUACAGAAUCAGAUUUUUCCUUCACCACAAUUGGCAAGCGAAAGUUACAGAGUAAUGCUAUCCCCAGUGUGUUUCCGGAGCAGAAUGAAAAGAUUUUAAUCCGAAGAAAGAAUCUACCAUCUGGUCAUUGCUCUAGUGAUAUCCGGACACCGCUUAGAGAUAUUUGCAACUUGGUGCCGGUUGCCAUAGUUAAUCGACUGGAUGAUUGUUUACCACCCUCCAUGACAAUUGUGAAGCAAUCUGUAGAUCAGACUAACUGUUCCACAACAGAAGUGAAGAAGGUUCUGCCAUUGAAUAUUCCCUCCGCCGACACAUGUCUCGCCGUGGUUGGAUCAAGUAACGGAGAGCGCCGUCCAAAGUGAAAUGCAUUUUUUUUCAUAAUGUUUAUUUUUAAGCAUUUUUAUAAAUAUUUUGUAGGCUAAGGUACGCAGGUGAUAUCAAAGAUAGUUCUAACUUAACACCGAUACAAGCCGUAGAAAUACUUCCUAAAGUAUGCAGGCAAUUAAAUAAUAAAAUAAUGCCAAUUAAUACAUUGAAAGUUCAGAAACAUCGCUUACAAAAAAAAGUUUCACAUUUUGAAAGUAUAUUUAAAGAACUAAAAUAAAGAAAACUACUUACAGAAAGAGGAGAAAUACCAGUACAGGUUUGUUAAACACUUUUUUAAAUCAACGUAACCAUUUCUCCACGUAGACUCGUUUUAGAUAGGAUUAUGGCAGAAACGAAGAACUUCUCAAAGAAAUAGUCAAUAACUCUGGUAUUUCGUACAGUGCUAACGUGAGGAAGUUUGCAAUGACUCUCCAUUUUUACUCGCCUAAGGCGUACGACUUUGUACGACAAGCUUUCAACAACACACUUCCCCAUGAAAGUACAAUCAUACGCUGGUAUAGGAGCAUAGAUGGAUUGCCAGGUUUAACUUCAGAAGCUUUUGCUAUCCUAGAGCAAAAAGUUAAACAACGGGAAGGUCGUCCUUUGCUGACAUGUUUAACAAUGGAUGAGGUGGCCAUCCGCCAACAUGUUCAGUAGAACCCGCACACCAAACAGUUCGAUGGUGUUGUGGAUUAUGGCAAAUCGUUCGAGUUUCUGAAUAACAGCGAAGAUCUGAUUUUAGCAAAAGAAGCUCUCGUUUUCGUUGUGUCAUCGAUUGAAGAGCCAUGGAAAAUUCCUGUGGCUUAUUUUUUUAUAAACGGGCUUAAAUCAGAUGACAAAAAGUUACUGGUAGCAAGUGUCCUUUCUGCAUUACAAGCAGCGAAAGUUAAAAUAAUCGGAUUUACAUUCGAUGGAACAGUGACGAAUUUCGCAACUGUUACCAGUAUGGGCUGUCAGCUUAAGGCUUUCGAGAAGCUUCGCACGUGGUUUCCACACCCAUCGACUGGACAUCAUGUAUAUGUGCUUUUGGAUCCUUGUCACAUGUUGAAAUUGGUUCGAAACAUGUUUUGUUCAAUUGGAACGUUACAUACGAUCAACGGUGAAGCUAGUUGGGAAUAUAUUCGUCAACUAAAUGAUCUUCAAAACCUUACCAAUUUGAAAUUGGCUGCACGACUAUCAG